AAAUGCAAAGAGAACCUGCAAAGCCCGCUCUCCUGCCUGACUCCUUUCUAGCCAACUCAGAACGCCUGAGGACAGGCAGCCUCUGAGCUUCCUUAGGGGCCAGCAGAAGCCUGCCAAGGAGCUCAGACUUCACUGCUCAUUGGGUCCAAUCCUCGCACACAGGGGGUGGGAUAAAGGGAAGAAGGACCCAGGCACGGACGCCAGGGAUUGCUCUCCCAGCUGGAGCAGACUCCCCUCCUCCCAGUUGCAGCAUGACUCUGUGGAACGGCGUGCUGCCCUUCUACCCUCAGCCUCGGUAUGCCGCCAGCUUCAGCGUCCCACUACUCAUCGUUAUUCUGGUGUUCUUGGCCUUAGCCACCAGCUUUCUACUCAUCUUGCCCGGGAUUCGUGGCCACUCGCGCUGGUUCUGGUUGGUGAGAGUUCUCCUCAGCCUGUUCAUAGGCGCAGAAAUUGUGGCGGUGCACUUCAGCGCAGAAUGGACCGUGGGCGAAGUUAGCAGCAAUACAUCUUACAAGGCCUUCAGUGUGGCACGUGUCCAAGCCCACCUCGGUCUGCACGUGGGCCUGGAGGGUGUGAAUAUCACACUCACAGGGAAUCCGGUACAGCAGCUGAAUGAGACCAUCGACUACAACGAGCAGUUCAUCUGGCGUAUGGGCGAAAACUAUGCGGCGGCGUAUGCGAAGGCUCUGGAGAAGGGGCUGCCGGACCCAGUUCUCUACUUGGCGGAGAAGUUCACUCCCAGAAGCCCCUGCGGGGUUUACCGCCAAUAUCGCCUAGCCGGACACUACGCCUCCGCCACAUUGUGGACGGCGUUCUGCUUCUGGCUCCUCUCCAACCUGCUGCUUUCCAUGCCGGUCCCGCAUUAUGGAGGCCUGGCUCUCCUCAUCACCGGCGCCUUCGCCCUCUUCUCUGUCUUCGCCUUCGCCUCUAUCUCCAGCGUGCCUCUUUGCCAGCUCCGCCUCGGCUCCUCCGAACUCACCACUCACUACGGUGCUGCCUUUUGGAUCACGCUGGCCACCGGCAUCCUGUGCCUCCUCCUCGGAGCAGCGGUGGUGAGUCUCCACUACGCUCGACCCAGCGCUCUUCGCACGUUCUUAGAGGGAAGUAUCAAGGACUGCGAUAGUCAGGCAAAAGGUAGCUCGCCUCUCAUCCUCAACAACCCACUGCAUAAGCAGUCCGGGACCUCGGACUUAACCAUCAGUACUAACCUGUGAAAAAGGACUCAACCUCGGACUCCUACUCUGCCUCCUUCCCCUCUCCCGGGAGACCGGGGAGCAGUGCCGCCUGGCCUUGGCCCAGGGAGCUCGAGGAGGGCACUGUGCUGAGGGCGUGGUGAGAAAGGCCGGGUGGCCCCAGAUGUGCUGCCUGCACCUGGGAAAGAGUCCCCCAAGGUUUGCUGUAAAUACAUUCUUUCUCUUUAAAAACAAA